ACAACACAUCAAUAUUUAGGUUUAGUAAAGACAUUAUCGCUAUGUCACAUUUAGUAACAUACCCACUGUGAUACUGUGCGAAUAUAACGGCAACGAAAAUGGAGCAAAAUUGUUGGUUGUGGAAUCAUUAUACUAAAUUAAGUACUCGGGCAGAAUGUAAGAUAUGUCGCAAGACGUUUGAUGCAUAUCGAGGAUUGUAUCCGUUAAAAGCACAUUUAAGUUAUAAACAUGAAAUACAGAAUGGAGAAGAAAACUACCAAUGGAAAAGCAAAGUGGAAACCCGCUUAAUUUGGGAAUAUUUCUCAAAAGAAGACAGAUAUUCUGCAAGAUGCAACAAGUGUUCCGGAAUUCUUGCUCAUGCGUAUAAAACAUCUGUUUUAGAAAAGCAUUUGUUGACUCACUCAGAAAUAGAAGCAUCAUUACGAGAAACAAUUACUGGCACCUGGCUGUCGAAAUACUUCACAGUUACAGAGUGUAAGGCAAAAUGCACAUGGAAAGAUUGCAAAUCGGCUUUUAAAACAUAUGACCCAAUAAAUGUCUUCAAAGAUCACUUGCGUGAAUGUCAUUGUGUAGAUGAAAAUUCGGGACGUGAAGAAAGAACUGGUUAUGAAAAUUAUGAAGAUGGUAUGAUGCACCAAAAUUCUUUUGCCGGCCCAAGUUGGUUAUCAUAAAGCUACAUAGUGGCAAUCGCUUCUGAAAAACAAAGGUCUGUGGACAAUUACAAUAAACAAGAAGGAUCUGAAUCUGGAACUAAGUGAUUCUAUUUGGGGAAAAUUGUCAUCUCUACACCAUGCAUUAAUAACAAAUCUUGACGAAAGUACUAGAAGAUAUUAUAUCGAUAACCUACUUGCAUUUGACGAUAUAUUACGCAUUUG